CACAGAGCCAGACAACAGCGGCCCAAAUAAAAAGAUCUUACAAAGUUUUCAAAAUAACCCAAGUGACUGUCAACACAUCUUUGGGGCCAGCACAUCUACAGUAGAAGCCUGGCAUGCAUAUGUGGCAACGACACAGCUGUAUAAGUGUUAUUUGAGCGUGAGAGCUUGGACUCCUGGUUCAGACUGGUCUAACUGAAGCUCCUCAGGAUAUGGGAUCUGACUGCAGCUCUUGGAUUCUGCCACAGACAUGCCUUCCCAUUCUCUGAGGCCAGACCUGCUCCAACCUAGAUGGAUUUGAGAGAGAAGAGGCUGCUGAAGAAAUCAUCUCCACCAAAUUUGGAUGUCUUUCUUUAAGACUUGGUUCAGAAGUUCCAUUGACUUGCAUAAGGUUGCAACUGCAUCUACAAAACUGGAAUAAUGUCCAUCGGCUGGCGUGGGAUUGCCAAGCUACUAAUAGGGUUGUGUGUGGUGCUUUUCCUGAGGGUCGUCAGCUGUGCUGGACAGAGCUAUGAACGCUGGGAAGCUGGUUCCUCGUGCUAUGGAGGGUUUGACCUAUACUUUGUGCUGGACAAGUCUGGAAGUGUACAGCACCACUGGAAUGAGAUCUACUACUUUGUUGAUCACCUUGCCCACAAGUUCAUCAGCCCCCAGCUCCGCAUGUCCUUCAUAGUGUUCUCAACAGAGGGGAGGAUCCUCAUGAAACUGACGGAAGACAGGGACCAGAUCCGUGCUGGGCUGGAGGAACUUCAGCGAGUGCUACCAGGGGGAGAUACCUUCAUGCACAAAGGUUUUCAGAGGGCAAGCGAGCAGAUCUACUAUGGAACAGGAGAUGGAUACCGCACAGCGAGUGUUAUCAUCGCUUUGACAGAUGGAGAACUGCGCGAGAAUGAAUUUGACUUGGCAGCCAGAGAGGCUGGCCGCUCACGUCAGCUGGGAGCUUCAGUCUACUGUGUUGGAGUAAAGGACUUCAAUGAAACCCAGUUGGCGACAAUAGCCGACAGUAAAGACCACGUCUUUCCGGUGAAUGAUGGUUUUGAAGCACUACAAGGAGUCAUUGAUUCAAUUCUGAAGAGAUCCUGUAUAGAGAUCCUUGCGGUGGAGCCCUCAACUAUUUGUGCAGGAGAAUCCUUUGAGGUGGUGGUUAGAGGGAAUGGAUUUCUUCAUGCUCGUGAUGUGAACAGAAUCCUCUGCAGCUUCCGCAUCAAUAACACCCUCACCGUCAUGAAGAGGCCGCUUGUCGUCGAGGACACCUACCUGCUCUGCCCAGCGCCUGUACUGCAGGAGGAGGGAACGUCUGCCUCUCUCCAUGUCAGUAUGAACAACGGCCUGAGUUUUAUUUCCAGUUCUGUGACCAUCACGACUGUCAGCUGUGUGAGUACAGUAACCCUGCAGGGCAGCAGUGCCAAGCCCAGUACCAUUGUUACACUGGGCAAAGCCACUCCCAGUACCGCUACACUGGGCAGUACCUCUAGUUCAGCACCAUCUUCAGUCUGCCCUCUGAACACAACUGAUGGAACGUUCUUGGCCAUCGCACUGUUGAUACUGCUGUUCCUGAUCACAAUGGCGAUACUCUGGUGGUUUUGGCCUCUCUGUUGCACUAUAAUUGUCCAUGAGCCGCCACCACCCGUGAUGGAAUACAGUUCGGAUGAAGAGGAAGACGGUUACCCAAAGAAGAAGUGGCCGACAGUGGAUGCCUCGUAUUACGGUGGGAGAGGAGUUGGUGGCAUUAAAAGGAUGGAAGUGCGCUGGGGAGAUAAGGGGUCCACUGAGGAAGGAGCCAAACUAGAAAAGGCAAAGAAUGCUCGGGUGAAGAUGCCAGAGCAAGAGUUUGAGUUUCUGUCCACACCGACCCUAAACAACGGCAUGAGGAAGCCCAUCUUGCCUCAGAAGUGGUACUCACCAAUCAAGGGUAAAUUGGAUGCCCUGUGGGUGUGGCUUAGGAGAGGAUAUGACCGUGUAUCCGUGAUGAGGCCUCAACCUGGAGAAAAGGGUCGAUGUAUGAAAUUUACCCGUGUGAAAUCAUGCCCGCCCCCUCGAUACCCACUCUUCAACAGUCCUUCGAGUCACAUCUACAGCCUCCCCCAUAGCAGAUGCCCCCCUGUACCUCAGGGCACUUUGCCGCCCACCCCGCGCUGCUCCGCCCACUCGCCAACCACCACCCUGCCUCCUUUGCCUUCAACCCCACCUCCAGACUCCAUUACCCCUCCCCCUUACACCCCACCUCCAACCAGGGCUCUGCCUUCAACCUGUCUGAGCAUCAGUGUGACUCUACCUGCUUCACCGGCCACAUCGCCACCAUCAUCAUCCAACACCUUGCCACCACCUCCUCAUGCUGCUCCGCCCGGACGAGCCCCACCCCCUUCUCGUCCACCACCACGCCCAGGCCUUGAAGUUCCAGACAUUGUCUAAAGAAGAACCGCAGUCGUUCCACCGUGGAAUGAGAAGAUAUAAACUUCUCUGCUGCAAGAAAGUUCAAGACCUGAUUUGAAGAAAAAAAUUGGCACAAAAACUGUUAUGCUGGAGCAGAAAUAAAAAUUAAGAGGGCCUUGUAUUGAUUUAGUCAUUUGGCAUGUUCCGAAAUUUGUCUAAUUUAAAUUACCUAUGCCAACUUGUGUAACCAGGGAUGUAGCAAGCAUUAUACCCCACUUUUUGGGAGAUAAUCAUUGUAUUUUAAAGAUGAACUGUGUAAUUUCUGUGCCACUAGUGAACAUAAUGUCUGUUUCCCAAACACUCUGGUUUUUCAUUGUUCGGCGCCAAUCUCAGGCCAUUGGUUGAGCCAAAGUUGUUGCAUCUGGCUUGGAUACCCGAACAAGCAAUGUUUAAAGAGCACAAGAGUUUAGUGGUAAGCGGUAAUCCUAUUAUUGACCAACUGGGCAAAUGUUACGUCAUGUAAUUAAUAUUCAUAAGCAAAGCUGAUAGGUUUUGUAUUGUGUCCCACCACUUUUUGUUCUUACACUCCUGUGAAUAAUGUGUACAAAAAGUUUGAACAAAUCCAGUUCUGUCACUGAUACCACGCUAGCUAUGCGUUUUCCAGCCAUCAGAAAGAAGCAGCCUUUUAAAUAUUACUAACAACAAUAACAGCUGCUGCUGGGAAUUAACAUAUGGCAGUGUGGUACAUUAUCAUGCAUUAAAAGUAGCCAUAUGCUAAUGCCAAUUGGCUUCUUGUUAAUAAAGAAUGAUUCUAUAAAUAACCAAGAUUGUAUCUUAAUAAAAUGCAUCUUUAAUAGCUUUGUGGAUACAUUUGAAGCCGCCUAAAGAGAAGCAGUAGUAUACAGAUCAUAUUUUACUUGAGAAAUCAGGGUCAGUUUUUAACGCACGCUUUUAAGCAGUUAUACUAAAUAACAUCUGAGCAAUAAAACAAUCAAUUGACUUCCAGAAUGUAUCAUUCAGAAUAAGGUAACAUGCACAAAACUGAUACAAUUGCAAAAGAAACUGUACCUUCCAAAACUCUGUACGCACCCUUAGUGCCUACAUAGGUGGUUGCCUUCAAAGUGCUCCUCAAUGUCAAUGUGAUCCUCAAAUAUGCAUAAAAAUACAUAGUACAAACAUAUACUGGGUAUAAAAAUGCCAUCUUAAAUAAAAAAAAAAAUUCACUGAGCUUGUCGUGAUGCAUUCUGGCAUCAUCUACUCUACAAAGGAUAAAUGCAAUGAUGUCUUAAAUGUUUUGCACAAACAAAGUAUCUUAGAAGGCAGCAUAACUUUACUGCCUACUGUUUGCAAUAGCCAUUGUUUCAGGAGCACCUAUGCUGACUUAAAAUUCUGUCUAGGUAGGCAGCUCACACGGACUUGGAAUGUAACUUAUUUCACACCUGGAGCAGGGCCGUAGCUAAUAGGGUGAAAGGUGGUACAGAUUCUAGGGGGCCCACAACAUAUUUUAAACUAUUUUUUAAUAUGAAAAUUCCCGAGACCAAUAUACAGUCAAGGGCCCCAGAAUUCCUUGCUACGGCCCUGCCUGGACUCACAUGUUUUCAUUACAAUACAGUCGAAAGUUUCAGAAAGAAUAUAGACCUUUUUUUGUAUAUAUGGAUGCUUCCUAAAACAGCUGAGCUAAUAGUACUGUAUAGUAACAGAUCAAUAAUAACGGAGUAAAAAUUCAUACAUGUAUAAUUUUUAAUUUAAAUUGUCUCAGUUGUGUGUUUAAGGAUAUGGCAGUGCUAUGAUUUUGGCAUUUUUACGUUUCCUUUUAACUUCAAAGAAUUUUUGUGUUUUUGUGCUUGAGCAUCAACAAUUUCACUUGUUACAGAUGUUCAAUGUGUGUCUGGCUAUUCUUUUAACGAAGAGCAUGUUUUUACACGCUUCAAUUAAAU